UGUGGAAACGCGGAGGGAGCGAUGGAGCCGGUGGCUCUGCGGGGAGAGUUUCUAAGCACCUGGUGAAGACCUGAAACCCCGAAUAAAAACUUGCAGGUCCCGCGUUUGCAGAUCCGGGUCUUUUUUCCGGGACCAGGCCAGGUUAACGGCCGCCAUCUUGUUUCAGCGGGGAGCAGGGCGAAUGAGCGGACAUCUUGGUGACGCAACCCAGACCCAGAGUGGGCGGGGUUUAAGCGUAACCAUUCCCAACCGGGUCCUAGUGCGCGUGAGAUGCAUAAGCGAGGAACCGGUUUUUAAGCAGCUUCGCCCACUCCCAGCCCCUAUGGGGCUGAUCCUCAACCGCUGGUGACACUUCACUCCUAAUCUUUGGCUUCGCAGUGUGGAGGUACAAGAAGGAAAUGAUUUACAGAUGGGAAACUCAAACCAAACAUCCCAACAAGAUCUGACAGGUCGCUCGAUUCAUCAGGACUCGAAUAUCAUUGAUCUUUGAAUGUGGAAGGAGAUAAGAUUUGAAACAUCAGUGUGACUGGAAAAGCAUUGAGACACACACCUGCACCCCCGAAUGAGAGUGUUCCAGUGAACUGACUGGGAAGAGCUUUAACAGGUUACACAGUCUGAAAAAUACAUCACACCAUUCAGAGUGAGGAGAGACUGUACACGUGUUCUCUGUGUGGAUGAGGCUUCAGCUGAUCAUCAAACCUGGAGAGACACAGGGACACCUGCACCAUGGAGAAACCGUGGAAAUGUGAGGACUGUGGGAAGAGAUUCAAUUAUCCAAACUUGCUGGAAAGGCAUCGACACAGGCACACUGGGGAGAGACCAUUCACCUGCUCUGUGUGUGGAAAAGGAUUUGCUGGAUCAUCUACACUAGUAUCACACCACCUAGUUCACACUGAUGAGAGACCUUUAAAAUGCUCUGACUGUGGGAAAUGCUUUAAGAGCUCUAAGGGCCUAAUUCAACAUCAACGUGUUCACACUAGGGAGAAAUCAUUCACCUGCUCCACAUGUGGGAAGGAAUUCAUUUGGGCAUCCAGCCUAAUAUCACACAAGAACUUUCACCAUGGGAAGAGAGUGUUUACAUGCUCUGUGUGUGGGAAGGAAUUCAGUUCACCAUCCCGCCUAACAUCACACAAGCGAGUUCACACUGGGGAGAGACCAUUCAUCUGCUCUCAGUGUGGGAAGGGAUUCACUUUACCAUCCAGCCUAACAUCACACCAGCGAGUUCACACUGGAGAGAGACCAUUUGUCUGCUCUCAGUGUGGGAAGGGAUUCACUUCAACAUCCAGCCUAACAUCACACAAACGAAUUCACACCGGAGAGAGACCGUUCGUCUGCUCUCAGUGUGGGAAGAAGUUCAAGCAGUCAGGCACCCUCACUGAACAUCUGCGAGUUCACACUGGGGAGAGGCCAUUCACCUGCGCUGAGUGUGGGAAGAGAUUCACUUGUUCAUCUGACCUCACUUAUCACAAGCGUGUUCACACUGGAGAGAAACCGUUCAUCUGCUCCGUGUGUGGGAAGGGCUUUAUUAAAUCAUGCAUCCUUCUUAGUCACCAGCGUGGUCACACUGGAGAGAGGCCGUUCAUUUGUACUGAGUGUGGGAAGGGAUUUACUCGGCCAUCUCUACUCACUGAGCACCAGCGUAUUCACACAGGAGAGAAACCGUUUGCCUGCUCCGUGUGUGGAAAGAGAUUCAUAUCGUCAUCCCAUUUGUGGACACACAAGCUUCUUCACACUGAUCAAAGGCCAUUUAAAUGUUCAGAUUGUGAGAAGAGGUUUAAAAGAAGAAGCGAUUUGAUGAAACACCAGCGAAUUCAUUCUGGAGAGAAGCCAUUCACCUGCCCCGUGUGUGGCAAAGGAUUCAAUCAUCCAUCUAGUCGCUUGUCACACCAGAGAGUUCACAUGUGAUUACAGGAGUUGGAUUUUGCUGCCAUUACACCCAGGACUCAACCGUGUUCAUUCUGACAGUUGGGGUUUAUUUCUAUUGACGUUAAACUCCAGCCCAGUUAAAGAGACAAAUAGUCUUGAUAUUAGCCUCAUUAAAUACACAGAGUUUAUGUCCUUCAUUUCUUAAUGAUAAGAGGGGACUGAUUGAUGUCCUGAUGCUCACUGUUCCAUUUUUGGGCCUUUUAUUCCUUGAUAAUAUGAGACUUGUAUUUCUGUGGUGAAAUCCACUAUUUUAGAAUCUCCUAAAGGGCUUUACAGCCUCGUCCGUUUUAACGUUUGAAAUACGACAGCGAAAUUGUGCACAACAGACCCCACAAACAGAGUAAGAUGCUGAAUAUACUCAGCUGGUCAGGCAGCAUCUGUAGAGAGAAAAACAGAGUUAAAAACGGAAAUAUGAUUAUGACCAGAUGAUCUGCUCGGUGAUGAUCAUUGAGGGCGAUUAUCUUGAGUAUGCACCUCAGAGAAAUUCCCUGUUCUUCAAAAUAAAUGUCACAGGAACUUUUACAUCCGCCUGCAAGAGCAGAUGGGGCCAGAGCUGAAGGUCUGCUCUGAAAGAUGGGAUAUCUGACAGGACAGUGUUCCCUCAGUACUGCAUUGGGAUAUCAGCCAAGAUUUUAUGGUCAAGUUUCUGGAGGUGAAUUUGAAUCCAUGAUCUACAGACUCAAAUGAGAAUGCAACCACUGAACCAUAAUAGAUCAUCACUUCCCAACCAAUCAGCAACCUGUUUUUGAUGCAGGGUAAAUUGUUGUUCCCUUUGAAAUUUGGUAUUCUUGUGUCUGUCCUGAUGAGUGAAAGAUGAAAAACUUUAACGGCUUGUCUCUUUUUUUCAACAAUACUCAAGUUCUGUAAACCAAGUGACUACUUGAAUCAUAACACCUCAUCAUUACUGUAGAUUAUUUCAGCUCCCCCACCUUUGGUUAUUCUCAUGGCCAUAUUCACCCACUGGGCCCUUGGACAAAGCCAAGUGGAUUCUUUGUGUUAAACAGGUGACGAUGAUUAAUAUGGCCACAUGAAUACUGAUACCACAGAAAGAGAUCCAGAAGGUUUUUAAUGAAUUCAAGGACUUAUCUACAGAUAUCAAACAUCACAACAUGGUGACAAUUUAGAUGAAAGGCUUUGCCUUUCAAAUACUUGGCCUUGACCAUUCAGGCCAUUAUUUAUCUUCCAAGACAAACUGCUUGAGAACGGAGGAUAUGGAAACUACCUCUAAGUUGAUGCCAGGCACCUCUGUCUCUGAUGUUGAAAUACCAUUUAUAACCAGCAAGUCUGGACAUAAUUGUUCCUGAAAUUGAAAUUGAUAAAAUCAAUUGAUUUGAGUUGCUAUUUCAAACAUUCGAAGGGAAAUUUAUCUGAAGUUUAAGGGGAUAAUCACAUUUUCAAAAUAAGACUGAUGAAAAGAAGGAUUCUUUUGAGGGAAAUAAAUUGAACAUUAAGAAAACCUGUCAGCAAAACAACAUUGUUAUUUGAAUUUAGGGAAAUUUAAAAAGAUAAAAAAAAGUCAGGCACAAUUUUGCAGGUUAAUUUUAAGCAAUAAAAGGCUAUUUAAAAUAAAGAACAAACAGGUCACGUCAAUGUCUGGAAUCAAAUGGGAAUGUUUGAUUUUUGUUUUAAAGACAUUAUGAGUAGUCAACAGUAAAGUUUCUCCAAGACUCAUGAAUGAGAAAGGAUGGCAACUAAUGGGAUGUAACAUAUGACAGGAAGGGAUUGAGAGGAGGAGGUAGAGUUAAAGAACCACACCACCGAAUGGGAACUGGAAUAACUUACCUUUAGUGUAGAUCAGUGGAAUAUAUUAACCUGGUAUCAAUGUACACUUGAGUGAAAGGAAAGUGUGCAUGAGACUAAUAAAUUGAUAGCUUCUCCUAGUGACCUUAUCUUAGGGGAGGCAGUGGCAUAGUGGUAUUAUCACUGGCCUAGUGCUCAGAUACCCAGGCUAAUUCUCUUGGGACCUGGGUUUGAAUCCCACCAUGACAUUUGAAUUCAAUGA